AUGUGCAGUCUAGUGGAAGAGCUGGUGAACAAGCUUCUCCGCACCUGCCAAAUGCUCUCCAGGCAUCAGUUCACGCCACAGCUGCAGCCUGUUGUUGGGUUGGGUGGCUUCCGAGAAAUCUGUAAUGCUCUUCCAGGAGAAUUUUUCUAUCUCCUGCUUGUGCCCCUGAAGGCACCCCCCGGGCACUCCUUCCACCUUGAGCGAGGCACAGAAGGGGAGAUGCCUCAGACGAUCUCCCGCCUGCGUGUGGACCUGGAGUGCAUGUGCACCAGGGAACGCUGCCUAGGGGACGUGCUCUGCUUCCUCCACCACUCUGAUUAUGAGCUGUGGUUACAGCAGGAGCCCAGCCUGCUACAAACCCUCUGCUCCGACUCUUACCUCGACGCCCAGAAAACUGCCUUCUGGCUCCAGGCACUGAUGAGUACAGCCUGCAAAUCUGAGCCUUGGGCUGCCACACACAAACUAACAGUGCUGCCCACCACAUGCUCCUGCAAGAUGAAGCUGACCUCCACCUUCAGAAGAUCUCUCUGCAUUGAGCUAAUCUUGGCAGUGCAGGAAGAAGACUCUAGUACAUUUGUGCCCAUUGGAUAG